AUGAAGGUCUUUGCUCUCGCCGUUUCCCUUGCUGGCCUGGCUGCAGCCGCCCCCCAAGCAAUCGCCAGCGUCUAUUACGAGCAGUGGUGGGAUCCGGGCUGCAACGGCCGAGCCCUGCUGGGAGGCACCCUGUCCCAGGGCUACUGCGUCCGCGUCGAGGAUUUCCCCGGACAAAGCGUCAAGCUCACCGUGACAAGCCCAUGCCCUGAGGGCACUUCGCCUCAGGUGACGGUUUCCAGCUCGGAUGACUGCGACAAUGGCCCUGUGGGAUGGACAUUUGAUGCGACGGGCGAGUGUAUUGAUGUGUCUAUCCAGCCAUCUGCUAUUCACCUGAACUGUGUCUAA